AUGAAAGCGCAUUCACAGCACAAGCUGGUCAUGGUUCCAAGGCUUCAAGAAGCGAAGCAAGUUUUCCCUGCGGUAUCGGACUCGCACCGGGCAAGAUACUCAAGGCGACAGUGCAACGGCACUGGACCAGUUCGCGGCUCGUGUUGCUUAGGUGGCCACGACAACAACAUCGACGUCAUCUACAACGCGGAUCAGACCGGCGUCAACUAUGAGUACCUCCCCACCAAGAGGUUAAAUUCGAUGAAGAACCAUGUCAUCUGGAUCAAAUGCAGCGGCAAGAUCAAGGAUCGUGCGACCGUGAUGGUCAUGGCUGAUCCGACGGGCAAACCGUUUUCAAUUGUUUCUGGUGUUGAAGACCAAGGCAUCAAAGAUCAAGUCCGUCGUGCAGGAGAACCUGGUGCAACUCUUGGGAUCACUGCUGACGUCCCGUGGAUCCGUCCAAUGAAGGCACGUCUGCGUCAGAAGUGGAUGGACAGUGUUCGACGGCAAGUCCUGCGAAGUAAGGCGAAGAAGGAGACGUUUCAGCUCCAAGCCCCGAAGCGUCCGACUCUUGUGCAAUGGAUUACGGAAUCGCGGUCAGGUUUGGAUUAA